GUAAAAAGAUCUGUGCAAAAAUUCGAGUGCGGUUCAAAUGGCCAAAGCGUAAAAUGAACUUCAUCCGUAUGUCUGCGUUCUUUUUUCUUCUAAGUGACCCCUCCACCAUAAAUUUAGAUGUCAAAACAUUUAAAAUGGAAAUCGCACUGCACCCGAGUACUAUCCUACCUCCAUCUGAUGGAGGUAGGAGUCCAUCUUGCCCGCUCUAAAUUUCUUUCCUUAUUCCUAUCGUGACCGAUCCGGAUCUAUCGCCGUUAAAAAAAAAAAAAAAAAAAAAAAAAAACUAUUGAAAAUAUGCGGAAGUGUUCUCGCUUAGAUCAUACUAUCAUAGAUGUCACUGACAUCGCAUUGUUUUCAUUCAAGCAGAAGGAACAAGGAAGUAAUUGAUCGAAAGCUUCGGCCUCGGGACAGUGCGGGACAGCUCGUUGAAGACAGUAGCCUACUGAAGGAAAAAACAAGAUUUUUGUGUUAGUAUUUAGUAACUUUUAUUAGUGUAAUGGGUAGUUUGUUAUAUUUACCAGUGAUUUGGCUUGCAGCCACUAGUUGGUUACUUCUUAUGACAACUUUUUUUGUACCUGAUUCUGUUGCCAUUCAAAACUUUAAGGACAUGAUCAAGUUUCCAAGCAACCUUGAAGAAUUAAAGUCUUUAACAGGAACAUUGCUUGAAUUUCAAAAGUUUCAUCCUCUCUAUGUUUACAUUCUGUUCUGUAGUGCUUAUUUGUACAAGCAAACAUUUGCAAUACCAGGUUCAGUUUUUUUGAAUCUUUUGGCUGGAGCACUUUAUGGGACUCUGAAGGGAACUUGUCUUGCUAGUCUUUUAACUGCAACUGGUGCUUCAAUGUGCUAUUUCCUUUCUUUAUUAACAGGAAGUGAUUUCAUAUUGAAUACCUGGCCUGAAAAAAUGAGCCACCUGAGGGCCCAGGUUGACAACAAUCAAGAGAGACUUCCAUACUUUUUGCUUUCACUGAGGCUAGUGCCAGUCUCCCCUAAUUGGUUUAUAAAUGUCACAUCUCCCAUUCUUGGAAUCCCUAUUAAAACAUUUGCUGCCACUGCUUUCUUAGGUCUGAUGCCAUACAACUUUAUGUGUGUGAAAGCAGGGAGUGUUCUUUCUGAACUGAUUUCAGUCAAUGAUUUACUGAAUUUCCAGAUGGUUUGUAACUUAAUUAUUGUGGCUGGUGUUGCAUCAUUACCCGGAUUUUUAAACAAGAAACUGCAAAAAAUGUCUUGAUGUGUAAAAUGUAUGUAAAAUAUAACAGCACUGUUGAAUAUAGGAAUGUCUGAUACUCUGUA